GAGAUGGGAAAUUACUCAGCUGUGACUGAAUUCUUUCUGGCGGGACUUUCCCAAUACCAAGAGGUCCAGCUUUCUUUGUUCAUGUUCUGCCUCAUAUACCUGAUAAUCCCCCUGGAAAACAGUCUCCUGAUUAUCAUCAACACCCUAGAUUCUUGCCUCCACACCCCCAUGUACUUCUUCCUUGGGAACCUCUCAUUCUUGGACAUUUGUCGUACAUCAUCAUCCAUUCCUCUGAUGUUCACAUUAAGGUCUGAGAGAAAAUCCAUCUCCUUUAUUGACUGUGAUGUGCAGAUGGUUGUCUUCCUUGGGUUGGGCUGCACUGAGUGUAUCCUCCUGGCUGUGAUGGCCUAUGAUUGGUAUGUGGCCAUCGGCAACCCACUGAGGUACCCCACCAUCAUGAAUAGAGGGCUUUAUGUACACAUGGCUGCUUGGUCUUGGAUCACAAUGCAAACAGUCCUGACAAUGGUGUUGCCUUUCUGUGGGAAUAAUGUCAUCGACCAUCUUACCUGUGAGUUACUGGCCCUUCUUAAACUCAUAUGUUCAGAUGUCUCCAUCAAUGUGCUUAUCAUAACAGUGGCAAGUAUUGUUUUCUUAGUGACUUCCCUAAUGUUAAUUUUUAUUUCUUAUGUUUUUAUACUCUCUUUCAUCCUGAGACUUAACUCUAUUGAAGGGAGAAAGAAAGCCUUUUCAACCUGUUCAGCCCACCUUGCUGUAGUAUUUUUACUCUAUGAUUCAGUCCUCUUUAUGUACAUGAAGCCCAAGUCAAAGGACAUGAAGUUUGAUGAGAUCACUGUGUUGAACUCCAUCAUCUACAGCCUGAGGAAUAAGAAGGUGAAAGAGGCCAUGAAGAAAGUCUUGAGUAGACACUUACACUCAUGGAAAAUAUGA